UUUCCAUCAACCCGCUUGAAGGGACUGGGACAACUCCAAUCUGCAGUUGAUGUCAGCUCCAAAAGGCGAGACCUGCCAGGUGGACAAGGAGAGCAAAGCUGGAGAUCUGUUCAGUGCUGAGGAUGCUCAUCCUACUGGUGGAGUCGGGAUCUUGGCCAAGCUGGGCCUCCCCAAAGUCAUCUCCACCAGCGUGGCCAAAGAGUGGCUGGACCGGCGCCGCCUGUCCAUCCGACCGAGGGCCAGCUUUGUGGACCAGCGCAAGUUCUCCAAACCUCGCCUCUUUGGCGAGCUGUGUCAGCGGGUGGUGAAAAAUGUGGAGACGUUGAACAGCAACUACACCUUCAUCUUCUUGGGCCUCAUCCUCUACUGCAUAGUCAGCUCUCCCAUGUUGCUCAUCGCAUUGGCCGUGUUCCUCGCUGCCUUCUACAUCGUCCAUCUUAGAUCGCUGGAGUCGAAGCUGGUGAUCCUUGGCAAGGAACUGACUGUCCCACACCAGAUGAGUCUAGCUGGAGUUGUUUCCUUGCCUGUGUUCUGGCUGGCAGGAGCAGGCGCUGCAGUUUUUUGGGUUCUGGGAGCGACCUUGUUCGUGAUCGGCAGUCACGCCGCGUUUCGUGAGCUGGAACCUUCCGACUUGGAGGAGCUCCUCAUGGAGCAGGACGACCUGGCUCGUACACGCUGUGGUUACUAAGUACAACACCUCUAAUGAUGUACUUUGCUGUUACACCGCUGUCAUGGCCUAUUCAAACACAUCAUUGUGUCAUAUUCUAUAUGUCGCCGCUCUUUUUCAUUAAAGGGGUUAGGGUUACAUUUAUACUUUGUUAUUCGCAAUUGUCGCUACGCCAAACUGCUAAACCGGGAACAAUUUUCCCAACAGAAGUGCAAUUUUAAAGCAAUGAACACGUAAAAGUACGAUUAUGAUUUUACACAAAUGAAAAGACUUAAUGUUGUUUUUUUUAAUGCAACCCUUUAGUUUACUUCAUAUAGAAAUGGUGCCAGUGUAUAUUCUACAGCCAGGAAAAUGGUAGUAUUGUGCAAAAGUUUAGUCCAGCAAUUACAUUUACAAAGUGAAGCUCAGAACAUGUCAGAUAUGUCAAGCCUUUGUUUGAUAUCAUUUUGAUGAUUAUAGCUUACACUCUGGGUGUGCGAAUGUUUUGAAUUGAGGGCCGCAUUGGAAAAAAAUGUAUAUGUGUAUAUGUACAUAUACAGUACAGGCCAACAUUUUGGACACACCUCAUUUCAGUUUUCUUCAUUUUCAUGAAAACCCUUGCAGGGGACUGACUACCUCUUGAAGCCCAUCCAGAGAAUGCCAAGAACGUGCAAAGCAGUAAUCAGAGCAAAGUGUGGUUAUUUUGAAGAAACUACAAUAGGACGGCGUGGCGCGGUUGGGAGAGUGGCUGUGCCAGCAACCUGAGGGUUCCUGGUUCAAUCCCCACCUUCUACCAAACUCGUCACGCCUGUUGUGUCCUUGAGCAAGACACUGCACCCUUGCUCCUGAUGGUUCGUGGUUAGCGCCUUGCAUGGCAGCUCCCUCCAUCAGUGUGUGAAUGUGUGUGUGAAUGUGGAAGUAGUGUCAAAGCACUUUCAGUACCUUGAA